UGCAGCUGCUUGUCAACAAAAUGGCCUUCCUCAAUUUUUUUUCGUGGACUUACCAACUGUUUUUGUUUUGGUGAAAUAGUAUUGAAACACUGGUUAAAUUAAAGAGACGGCAGUUUUUUGUGGCACAGUAUUUAUCAACAUAUUACUAGGAUGACAGCAAACAUGUUUCGUUGCUGGUAAAGCUGGGCGAGUAUUGCGAUUUUUCUGCAUUACCGAGUUAGCUGACAAAUGCUAACAGUCUCCCCUGCAACCAUCAUCGACAUAAGCCUUAAAUUCUGAUGGUUUGAAAGACACGCAAAGAAUUUUAAAGGAUUGUUUUUUAAAUUCAACAAUAUAGCCGUGUACUGGUUAUACAGUAAAAGCUGUCAGAACGAAACCUGGGGAAUUUUUUAAUGGAAGAUGGAGUAAUCAUUCUGUUCAACUGGAACUUGCAGACCUGAACAGUGAGAAUGAGUGGUGAAUUGAAAAGUAGCUGCCCAGCGUAGAGGCAGGUAUAUGCUCCCUAUGGGCUCACGAUGAACCGUGACACCUUCUCCCACAUCCGACUGUGGUGCCCACGCCCUUUUGGCACCUACUCCCAGAAUAAGCCAUACAGCAAUGGAACAAUUCACAGUGGAACAACUACCACCCAUUGUAAGGCCGACGAUGCUGGGGUAACAACCAUAGAGGCCCAUGGAGUCGGUGAGGAGCAAGACGAGGAUGUUGGUACUGAGAACACCCCUCCAGAUUCAUCUUCGACCCUGCUGGCUCCACCACUCCCUGCUGCACCACCCUCUUCCAGUUCACAGAUGGAAGAUGGCAGGGUACUCCUUGAUACAUGGUAUGUCAUCAAACCAGGCAACACCAAGGAGAAAAUUGCCUUCUUUGUAGCUCACCAGUGUAACGAUGCUGGAAUUCCCAGACCUAGUGCAAUGAAAUUCAAGGGAAAUUGGGCUACUGAUUGUACCAAGGCCAAACGGCGGCGGCGCUGUUCCUCCUAUGACCCUCCCGCUAAAGCUCAAAAUGUUGCUGUUGAUAUACCCAAUGCCGAGUCCAACCUGGCAGAGGAUGGUGUUGGAGUUAGUGAAACAGAUCUGAUUUCUGUAGCUGAAAUGGUGGCCCUUGUAGAACAACGUACAGCCUUGGCUCUUCAAGGUAUGGUCGCUCAAGGACAGACAAGUUCUUAUACAGUUCAUCAGAAACCUGUCGUAAUCAUCUCAGAUCCCCAUUUAUCUGCACCAGCUUCUCAAAGUGACUUUGAUCAGCAGCAGCAGCAAGAAUCCAGACGGGUUGCUCAAGCUGUAGCACAUUUUGAAUCUCGACAGCAAAACCUUGACAAUACUACUCUGCGGCCUGAACUUAAUGGUUCAGCAAGAGAUUGUAUUCAUACUGGGGAUGCUGUCGGUGGUGCAUCAAGCCAUGGUCGAGGGGAAGUACGAAUUGCUUUUCGGGUGUCGAGUUUGGACCCUCGCGCCCAAUCUGAACCGGUCGGCCACCCAAAAUGCAUGUUUAUGAGUUGUGGGGUAGGAGGGAGCCAAGCAGGAGCCAGGGGCAAAGAAAAGAUCACUUGUGACCUCUAUCAGCUGGUAAGUCCUUCAUCUCGAGAUCCAGGUACCCUCCUGGCUGGCUCAGCAAAGGGUGAUUCACACAGUGAGAGCAUCACAGAUAGACCUUCAUCGACAACACCAGACCCUAACCAAGAACCUGCCUCAGGAGAGAAGGCCACAGUGGCUAGAGAAAGGGUUACUGGCUUCCACGUUGAGGUUGUGGUAACUGGUGCAGUAGACCAAUGUGUCUUUUAUGGGAAAGACAGCACAGAGAAUGUUCAAGAAGAGACUGUAUGUUUUGCAAUGUCUAAUGGAGGUAAUUCAAAUGAUGCCUCUGAGGACCCACCCCCUGGACAGCUGUUCUUCCUACAGUCACCAGCUACUGAAGAUGAAACUUGUUCAGGGGUUAACAGUGGAAUGAGGUCUUUAGAUUGUGCAAACAACAAUGGGCCUAUGGGGACUUCAGUAGAAAGGCCAGACUCCCCACUGGCUACUGUGGAUGAUUGUUCUGAUCCUCCAUUGUGCCGCCUCUAUCGCCAUGUGUCCCAUGACUUCCUUGAGAUUCGCUUUCAGAUCCAGCGGCUUUUGGAACCACGGCAAUAUAUGCUUUCGCUUCCAGACCACAUCAUGGUCAAUAUCUUUAGCUACCUGCCUACCCAUGCGCUUGCAGCCCUCAAAUGCACCUGCCAUGACUUUAAGGCCCUGAUCGAAACCUACGGCGUACGUGCCACGGACUCUCGGUGGAACCAGGACCCCCUCUAUCGUGAUGAUCCCUGCAAGCAGUGCAAGCGGCAGUAUGAGCGGGGAGAUGUGUCGCUUUGCCGCUGGCACCCUAAACCUUACCACCACGACUUGCCUUAUGGACGCUCCUACUGGAUGUGUUGCCGGCGCACAGAUAAAGACACACCUGGCUGUCGAGUUGGACUUCAUGAUAACAACUGGGUACAGCCAUGUGAGUUGGUUCAUGCCCGCACCAAAAGAGACGAUGGGAGGUAAAGGGCUGAAUCAGGGAACUCUCAUUUCUCCCCCUGUUCUCACUCUACUGAAACCUCAUGCCACUGUACUAUUUAUGGUUGAGCUUGCCUCUCCUAUCUUAGCUUGUUAACCUUGCUAUUAUUGUCAGUAUCGGUUCUUAUCAGUGCACCAUACUUAAUUCUCAGUCCUGUCAGUUGCAGACCAGUGUUCUCAAAUACGAAAGCCAAUGCUGGUUAAAUGAGGUAGUUUUCUGCAUGGGACGAAUCUUUACAUGAACUUGUGGAUUGGUGAGAAGUUCUUAUGGCUUGGCAAUCUUCUAAGACCAGCUCUGAAGCUCACCCCAACCUUGCAAAGAAACUGCAGGCUAGACACAGAACUUGCGAGUAUAUACAACUUCAGGGGUUGUUGUCAAGUUUAAUUUGCUGUCUCUUUGGUCAAAAGCGUGCAAAAUGAUGUCACUUUAACAAUACCUGAUGUCACUUUGUUUUCAAAAGUUUGAUUGCUUGUUAGAUUGUUCUGUUUUGUGUGUGGACAUGAUUGAAUUGUAUAUCUUUUGGUUAUCUUCAGUUUUUCUUUCCCUCAAAAUGAUUUAUGAAUCAAUCUUUAUUUCUUGACCAAACCUUUUCUCUUACCCAUCUCUUUGCCUGCCAGGCUGUCUGUGUGCGUGUUGGCAAGGGCAGCUUUUGCCAAAGCAGUUAUUAGCUUCAUGUGGCUAAAAGAACAAUUACAACAAUGAACAGGACAACUCGACACCUGAUUCUAGCCUUAACCCUGUUCGUUCUGCUCAUUCCACCAGUCUGUGAAAUAUUACAAACAAAAACAUGGAUGCUGAUGCCUCUGGUUUUGGGAGACCGUUAUAGGUUUCACUGUCAAUCUGCUAUUGGGAAUCUUUGCCUCUAAAGUGAAUAAAAGUUAUUUAAAACUGG